AUGGCCAUGUUAGCGGAACCGCGGCGAAAACAAAAAAUAAUUAAUUUACGUGCGAAGAAUAAUGCAUGGAGCAAUGACGCUAACAAAUUUGGACAGCGGAUGUUGGAGAAAAUGGGUUGGAGCUCAGGGAAAGGGUUAGGAGCUAAGGAAAAUGGAAUUGUUGAGCACGUAAUCGCCAAAUAUAAGAAUGACGAUAAAGGCCUAGGCUACACCGAUAAAAACGAUCAGUGGACAAAACACGAGAAUGAUUUUAACGCGAUAUUAGCGAAUUUAUCAACUGAUAAUGAUAAGCAAAAUGAAGUGUUACAUAGUGGUGUGUCAUUGGAAGUUAAAUCUAAAAAAAAGCAAAGCCCGCAUCCAUUAUCAUAA